AAGAUUAGAUGGUCUCUUAUAUUCGAUAUCUAAUUAUAGCUGUCUGGUUCUUCAUCAGAUACUCGUACGAGAAGAGGCUCAUGAGCCCCUGACAAUAGCUGAUCGGCCGGCAUUUGCGAACUUGGCAUAGCUUCGGCUGCGGCUGCGGUUCCACCUAUAGUACGUAGUACCUGAGUGCCUGCUAAAAUUGCCUUACACUUUACCUGUCUGGGACCGAGCCUCGGUAAAAAUUCAAAACAUCGAUUGUUCAUCCGGAACAUUGGAUCAAUCGAACCAAUUAAACCCGGUCGCGUUUCAAUACCGACGGCAACGGACUUCUUGGGCUUUUUGGGCUCUUCGACGCAAUGAGCUGAUGAGCUGAACUUUUUACCGGAGAAGCAGAUAAGACUGAGAAUAAGACUGAGACUAUGCCGUAGAAGUCUAGGAUCGAUUAACUUGGUGGAAGAGGGUUCUUUGAUCUUAUUUUCUUACCCACAUCGGACGAUCCGCGCGAAAACUACUGUACCUAAGCUGUUCGCGUUGGAUAUCACAGGCUUGUUCUCUUGUGCUACCAACUUCAGAGUCCGCCCGCGCCAGGGAUUCGAAUUGGCGAAUCCCGUUACGGGGAGCUAGGAUAUUCGGAGGAUACAUAGUAGGGAGAAAGAGACAAAGAGAAGACAGGAAACCAACAGCGAGAGAAACGGAACCGAAUUUCAACGAUCACAGGAGAGAACACAAACAGGAUGGGCGAACAUAGACCUACGUUGGUCAGACCGCCCCCGGUCGACCUAUCCAAGGCGCCAAUCGAGAACGCGCUCGAGCUGACGGACUUGAGUAUCAUCGGACCUGGCAUUUUCACUAAUACGCGCGAGCUCUGGCACCCGCCGGGCGCGAGGGGGAUCUACGGAGGCGCUGUCAUCGCGCAGACGCUGGCGGCGGCCCAGCGCACAGUCCCGGCGGACUUCGUGGUGCACUCGUACCACUGCUUCUUCGUGCUCGCGGGCGACUCGAGCAUCCCGAUCGUGUACUACGUGGAGCGGGUGCGCGAGGGCCGCUCCUUCUGCACGCGCACGGUGCAGGCGCGGCAGCGCGGCAGCGCCAUCUUCACCGUGACGUGCAGCUUCGUGCGCGAGCGCAGCGGCGGCCCCGCCACCGUCGAGCACUCGACCCCCAUGCCGCCCGCGGCGCUGGCUAACCCGCCGCCGGACGACUACAAGGACCCGGACUUCCUUGCGGCGAGUCCUUCGGAUGGUGGUGGGGGUGCGAGGAAGGAGGACGACCCGUUCCAGAGCUUUCGGCCGCCGCCCACGGAUAAGGAGAAGAGGGAGUGCGAUAAGCGGGUCUGGCAGUGGGUCCGGGCGCGAGGGAAAAUCAGCGAGGAGGGCGGGCACCAGGCGCAUCUCAGCGCGCUCGCGUAUAUCUCGGAUUCCUUCUUCAUCGGCACGAUCCCGCGCAUCCACAAGCUGUGGCGGUACGGGUCGACGACCGAUCCGGCGGAUCUCGACAAGCUGAGCCCCGAGAAGCGCGAUCGCCUGGAGAAGCUGAAUGCCUGGGAGGGCGGGUACGGGCCCCUGGAGGAGUACAGGGGCCGCCCGAAGCUGGGGAUGAUGGUUUCGCUGGACCACUCGAUUUACUUCCAUAACCCGAAGAGUGUGCGGGCGGACGAGUGGAUGUUUACCGAGAUGGAGAGCCCGUGGGCGGGGGAUGGGAGGGGCUUGGUUAUGCAGCGGGUUUGGAGUCGCGAGGGGGUGUUGCUUGCUACGGCUUUUCAGGAGGGCGUUGUACGACUAAAGGAUGAGAGCAAGGAGGAGAAGGUGGAGAAAGCGAAGCUAUAAUAAGCAUGGCUGAGAUUGGUCCUCUUAUUGUGCGGGAUACGUGUGAGUAGGCUAUCUAAUUGAGACUUGGCGAUGGAAUAAGUGUGUGUGUUACUACGAGGGAUAGAAUCUUGGCUGUGUUUCCUUUAUGUAGGUACCUAGGUAGAUAGGUACUUUUUGAUAUUCGGACGUUUAGGAGCGGCGAAGAGAACGCACGCGAGUGGGAUCUGAAAAAAGAAACUCGGUUUAGAUUGUAUUUUACUGGAAGCCUAGAUACCUGGGUAGGUACCUUAUAGAUGGAGAGUAAUAAUAUCACAAGUUUGUCAUACGCGACAUACCUAGGGAAUAGGGAG